AUGAUGUUACCAUGUAUUUCUUAUUUUCUACUACUUUGUUGCUGUAUAGGAUAUACUAGUGAUAAUGAUUGGUCUACUAGUGUAAUACCUCUGGACCAGUAUCAAGAUCAACUAAGAAGAAGGAUACUGAGUGAUUGGGAGAAUUUAGGAUUAAGCAAAGAGGUUCAAUUACUCAGAGGUCACCUACAACAAAGAGAGAGAGAAUUCUAUCAGGAACAGCUUCAAAAAGAAAUAAAAGAGAAGGAGCAGAUACAGCAAGAUCGAGACAAAGAGCAGCAACAGCUUCUUCAAGAAAAGGCAACACUUACUCAGCAACUUGAUGAAGCUACCACUCUCAUUGAGCAAGUAGAAAAGGAUAAAUCAUGUCUUGAAUUAGAAAAUUAUAAGAAGCUUGAAGCUAAAGUUACUGAUAAUGAAGUUUACAUAACUGAAUUAUUGGAAGAGAAAACACAAGUAGAGGAGGAGAAACAGAUUAUUACUGAAGAUUAUGAGACACUAAAACUCAAAGUUGCCAAACUAUUGGAAGAGAAGGAGGAACAAUAUCUCAAGGAGAAACAGAUCAUUAUGGACAACAAUCAAAAACUUAAAACUGACAUCUCUGAGAAAGACAAAGUUUUAGCCAAACUGACUUCACAAGUAGAGGAACAAUCACAGAAUGAGAAACAGAUCAUUACUGACCUUAAAGCUAAAGUGUCUGAUAAUGAAUUGUAUGCAACCAAACUAAUGAAGGAUAAGUCACAACUACUGGAGAGAGUCACAUCCUUAGAGGAACAACCCAUCAAAGAGACUAGUUCCAUUGGACUACAAUUUAAUUACCUAAUUCCUUCAAUGGAUAAUUUGGACUGUCUGAGUGAUGUACAGGUAGCAGAGAAGAAGCUGUUUCUAGUUCAAGGAGACAAAUCUCAACUAAUUAAUUGGGAGAAAUAUGGUCUAAGGAUUGGAGUACAAGAAGAUACCUUAUCACCCACUGAUACAGUUGAGGUAGCAGUAGUCGCUCUUGUAGGAGGAGAGUUUGUCUUUCCAAAGAAUACAGUACUAGUGAGUGCUGUUUAUGCUGUUUCAGUAUCCAAGCCUCUCCCCAAGCCAUUGCAACUAGAAAUUGAGCACUGCAUUGAUCUGAGGGGACGACCAGGUCUUACACAAUUUUUAAAGUUUGCUAUAGCUCCUGUGAGUACACCCAGUCUUCCUUACCAGUUCUCAAUAGUUGAGGGAGGAGAGUUUAAACCUGAUAGUUGGUAUGGAUCCAUUAAACGUAAAGAUUUCUGUCUGGUAUCUAUCAUUGGGGAGAAGCAUCUACCCAAAUCAUCAACUAAUGGAGAUGAGUCAGAAGAAGAGGAGCAAGAGGAACAAGCCAAAGAGGAAACUGAGGAGGAAGUGGAAGAUGGUGAUAGUGAUUCAUCCAGUGAUUCUGAUAAGACUAAAGAUCCACCAGGAGGUAGCAGUGGAGGACAAGGAGAGUCUACUAGUAAUGAGGGAGUAGAGGAAGAGGGGGAGACUGGAGGUCAGCCAUUACAUGAGGAAGGAAUUGAAGAGCAAGAUAAUAAAGGAGUAGAAGAGUCAAAGGAUCAUGAAGAAGAAAAAGCAACUGCUCUAAUGCCUUGUACUGAGAUUAGUUCAGAUUUUAAUAUUGAGUCUGAUACUAUUGAACAAGUAAAUGCAAAAGAAGAAGAGAGACUUGAAGGUGAUACCAGUAUUGAUCCAGUUUAUGAUGGAGAGGAUUUAAGAGAAGAGGAGGAAGCUGAACCUCAGCCUCAACAACAAUCUGCUGUUGGAGCAGGGUCCACUGGUGUAGAAGAGGCUGCAACAUAUGCUGGACUGGUUUAUUGUGAGAAGAAAGAAGCUGAAGACUUAGUGACCUUCACUGUAGCUAAGAAAUUAAGUGCUCUCCUUGAGUUUAUUGAGAAGAAACACGUACAAGCUGAGAUUGGUCAAUAUGUUUAUUUUUCUUUUAUUCCUUUCUAUUCAUAUAUUGAAUUGAAGUUUGAUGCACCACAAGAUGAGCCAUUCACUGGUUGGAGUAUUAAGCCUCACAUUAAACCUUGUAGAUUGCGCCGUUGUGAUGUUGAUAAUUUUGGCGAUGCUAAUUAUCCUCUUCCUCCAUGUUGUCUGGUAUCAGUCUAUGGAUCACCUGGUGCUGUACCAUCACUGCAUUACUCUGUACCACUGGAUGGAGUGGCUGAUCCUGUUACAUUAUUCAUUCAUCGAUCACUGAGAACUGCUCCUCCUCCUACUUCGACAAGUAAUGAAUAA